UGGUAGGCGUAUUCGUUUUCUCGACCUUGUCGUGUGUUGCAACUGAUUCUGUAGCACCUGUAGAUAUACGAAAGCAAUUUUAUUUUUCCGGUUAAUCUAUAACGCCUCGUGAAUAUGCAAGUAUUUCCCGUGUAUGUUUCGUAAUUCUCACGAUAUUUCUCAAUAAGUAGUUGGCAAAAUAUAGUCUUCCCAUACUUGAGGUGCCUUAAAUUUGAAAAAUGAAGAUAGCAACAUCUACAAGAUACAAGCAACACAGGAGAAAUACCCUGCCACGGACACAAAUUAGUACCUACAUAGCUAUGGCAGAAACAAGAGAAGAACUGCAGGACUCCUUGCUUAAACGGGAUGAGGAGAUUAGAAACCUUAAUUCGUUCCUGCAACUGAAGAAAAAUCAGCUGCAGCAAAGAGAGGAAGAAAUUCAGCAGCUAAGGUCCCACCUAGACAAGUUCCAAAGUGUACUUCCCUUUGGUGGCCAGCCGACAAACUUCACAUCGGUCACGCGGACUACAACUCGUGAGCCCAGGAAGGUCAGAGCUCAAGGUAUAUCUGCCGAACCACAGAACUUGCAAACAACCCAAGAUAUCAAUCACCGAAAAUUUAAGGAUUACCCCAAAUGUCCCAGAUCGCGAGAAUUGAUCAAAGCGGCGAUACUGAGCAAUGAUUUCCUCAAGAAUUUGGAUAUGACUCAAAUAAACGAGAUCGUCGAUUGCAUGUACCCGGUGAAUUAUCCACGCGGCAGCAUCAUCAUUAAAGAGGGCGACGUCGGCUCCAUCAUGUACGUCUUAGAAGAGGGCAAAGUGGAGGUGUCGAGAGAAGGAAAAUAUCUCAGCACGAUGGAACUGGGAAAAGUUAUGGGCGAGUUAGCUAUCCUCUAUAACUGCAAAAGAACCGCUACUAUUAAAGCGGCCAACGACAGCAAGCUGUGGGCAAUCGAACGUCAAGUUUUCCAAACGAUCAUGAUGCGUACUGGCCUGAUUCGACAAGCCGAGUAUACCGUCUUCCUUAAAAGUGUGCCAACAUUUAAAAAUCUUCAGGAAGAGAAGCUCCUCAAGAUCGCCGACGCACUUGAAGAGUGUUCCUACAAGCAAGGAAUCUACAUCAUUCGUCAAGGAGCACCAGGUGACACCUUUUACAUUAUCCGCAAAGGGCAAGUUAAAGUCACCAUUAAGGAUCGCGUCACAUCCCAAGAAGUCUACAUUCGUUCGCUGAAACGAGGAGAUUUCUUCGGGGAAAAGGCCCUCCAAGGCGAAGAUGUACGAACGGCCAAUAUUAUUGCUGACGAUCCCGAUGGUGUGAGCUGUUUGGUGAUUGACCGGGAUACGUUUAAUCAAUUCAUCAAUGGACUGGAAGAGGUCCGCACUAAAUACAUCGACAAUGCAAAUAUCAGUCGCAACAGGAUUUAUGACGCCUUUGCUCAUGUUCAGUUGAGCGACCUCCGCGUCAUAACCACUCUUGGAGUAGGAGGAUUUGGUCGUGUUGAGCUAGUUCACAUCAGCAACGACACGUCUCAAUCGUACGCCCUUAAACAAUUGAAGAAAAAUCAGAUUGUAGAGACACGGCAGCAGCAACACAUAAUCUCGGAGAAACAUAUUAUGGAGGAGACUAAUUGCGAUUUUGUCAUCAAAUUGUAUAAAACUUUCAAAGAUCGUAAGUAUUUGUAUAUGCUGAUGGAGGUAUGUCUUGGCGGAGAGCUGUGGACCAUCUUACGCGAUCGUGGGUUCUUUGACGAAAUGACCACCCGCUUCUACACGGCCUGCGUCAUCGAGGCCUUUGACUACCUACAUAGCCGCAAUAUCAUUUAUCGUGAUCUAAAACCCGAAAACCUGUUGCUCGAUAAGCAUGGCUACGUCAAACUGGUUGAUUUUGGUUUCGCCAAAAAAUUGCAGGCCGGGCGGAAAACGUGGACGUUCUGCGGUACUCCUGAAUACGUGGCUCCUGAAGUAAUUUUGAACAAAGGACAUGAUGUCAGCGCCGACUACUGGUCUCUGGGAGUGUUGAUAUUCGAGUUUUUGUCGGGCACGCCACCUUUCAGUGGUUCAGAUCCCAUGAAAACAUACAACGUCAUCAUUAAAGGCAUUGACGCUGUCGACUUUCCACGCAUCAUCAAACGCAACGCAACUGCGCUCAUUAAAAAGCUCUGUCGUGAUAAUCCGGCCGAAAGAUUGGGCUACCAAAAGGGUGAACGUGACAUUGAAAAGCACAAGUGGUUUGAUGGUUUCAAUUGGGAGGGGCUGCGUACACGCACAAAGGCUCCUCCAAUCGUCCCACAGAUCCGCAGUACAAUGGACACCUCCAAUUUUGAUGAAUACCCGCCUGACAUGGACGUCUUACCCCCUGACGAUAUGAGCGGCUGGGAUUUCGACUUUUAGGUCAGUUAAGUUUUGUCAUCUCCGUACGUUUCCCAAGUGUUUAUACACACCACACAUACACACACAUGUACACACGCCUCUCCCAGUCAUUCUUCCGUCGCCCCCAACUUUUAUUUCACAGUUUUCGUGCGUUGCCAUCCCCUACUCUCCUUGCGUUUUUGCGAAACUAACCCUCGGACCUAAUCAACAGCGGUUGAUGAGUUUUAUUUCGGUUUAUUCCAAAGAUAAUGACAGGUUUUUACUGAGGGGUGUUUGUUUUCUACUCCCUAAUUAGCUGGUUUUAUUUUAAUAAUUUUUAUUUUGCAUCCGAGCAACGCCCAAAUAUUACUAAAACAGAUGCAACAUCAGCACACCUGUGCAGUUAAAAAAAAUACCAUGCAAAUAAUAAAAAUAUAUGGAUUCUUUCGUUGUGUUUAAACAAAAAAAAUUACAUGUUCGUCGUCAUUUUGGGGAAUUAGUGACCGUUGUCGCUGCAAUUGACUAAAAAAAACAGUUUUAACUUUCAAAAUUUACCAAAUAAUACAAAAUACAGAAGAAUCCUUAUUUCUAGUUUUAUGUACCAAAAGAAAGCAGCAAAAACCGUUGACGGUACCUUCGAAUAAUAUUCCCUGUUUUUAUUUUCGUCCUUAUCCUUAUUUUAUGUUCUUUAUUAUUUCCGUCUCUUUGCUUUCGUACUGUAAAUUGUUCGUGAGUAUUUUUUACUGUAGUACCUGAUGUAAUCUUGUACUUUUCUUUCCUUUGCUUGUGCGUGUGCUGUGUAUGUAUCCUACAA